AUGGGAAGUGUGACUGACGUCCAAGAGGGCACGUUGGAAAACGUGGAUGCCCCUAUGGGAACUCCGGUUCCUGCUGCCGUUGUGAGUUCGCCCCAUGGAGGUGAAGAUACAGAAUCGACCAAGGAAGUGGGAGAGGAAGCUGGACAGCCUCCAAAGAGAGAAUUUACUGAGAGUUCUGUGCCUGAGGUGGAUUCAGUGCCUACCAAGAAACUGAAGGAGGACCUUUCGGAACGGAUCCCCGCUUUAUUAGUGAAAGUGGAGGAAGGAUUCUCCCUGACUGGAGAGGCACGCCAAUCAGUUAAACAACACUUGGAGCUGCAUCGACAGGUCGCUAUGGACUUGCAGAACUUAGCGAGUGAGUACCAUCAAGACCGGACAUCUUCAAAGUACUCUCUGGCUCAGAUCCAGUCGCUCAUCGAGAAGAUGAGUAUGCAUACCAGCUUAAAGCAGGUGGCAGCCUUACCAGAGGGCGUGCCUGCAGCGCCAAGUGUGGAGACCGGGAACUUAGAAGUUGAGGCAAAGGAGUCAGCUGAUGCAGGGGAAAGAAACUUUCCCGUAGAGACAGAGGAGGGUAAGCGCACAGAGAUCAAUGCAGAGGGAGAAAAUGAACCACCCAACAAACGACCUACGGUGGAGUUGGAAGAUGAAAUCCGCGAGCUUUUGAGCAAAGUCACUGAGGGGUUCAGUUUGACGAAAUCUGCCUUAGAGAAGGUGCAACAGCACCUUGAUCUUUCCAAGGCCACUUCCUCAGAUCUCUCCCAACUGGCAGCUGAAUUCCAUCACGAAACUGUCAGCGCCAAAUACAGCCUGAGUCAAAUACAGGCCUUAUUGACCGCAAUGCAAAACCUGGAUUGGCAGCUGACGGGCAGUAAGUCCGAAAGCCAUACCACGGUGAAAUCGAUCCUGAACAAGCUGCUGAACCAAAAUACCAAUGCUGCGGGUCAUCUGAAGGCCAUCAGGGAUGAUCUCAAAGGAGGGCUAGAAGCCAUCUUGAAAGCUUUGACGGAAGGGUUUGGCGAUUUGAGCACAGCAUUUGCUGCGGCAGGAAUUGCUGGAAUGGGACCUGGACCUGGAGCUGCGGCACCAAGCGUCCCACAGUACGGGCAGCCGGAUUGUGGAUCAACUGGAUCCGCAUCAGGGUUUCCACCAGCUCCUGUGCCGCCUAUGACCGCCGCAGGCAAGGCGCAUGCACCGCCGACUGCCGCAGUCAUUCCUGCGAUACACCAAGUAAUCAUAGCUGAUGGUGCGACUGUGGCCGUGUAG